AGCGGAUGAGGAGGGGGGGUGUAUGUGCGUAAAGAAAAGACCUUACGUCACGUGACCGCCUCUUACUCCCAAACCCAUCAUUUGAGGAAUAACAUAUAUGUGUUAAAGCAGCGCGCGGCCGUUUCCUCUGAUGCGUUCAAAGGCAGAUUGAAUCAUAGGAUGCUAUUUAAACGAACGGAGGGAUUUUAGCCACAUUCACGGACUAAACUGGAGUUUGGUGUAAAAGGCAGCUGAGAUUGGACUUUGUGUGCCUGUUUGCAAGUGGAGGAAAAUACUGAGUGGUCAUCAUGGCAGAAAACAACUUCCCUCCCCUGCCUCGGUUCAUCCCCCUCAAGCCAUGUUUUUACCAAGACUUCAAUGAGAUCCCAGACCAGCGUCGCACCAUGUGCAAGAGGCUCUACUACCUCUGGAUCUUGAAUAGUGCAACACUGGCCGUUAAUCUGAUUGGCUGUCUGGCGUGGAUGUGUGGAGGUGGCGGAGCGACCAACUUCGGCAUGGCAAUCCUGUGGCUCAUCCUCUUCACCCCCUGCUCCUACGUGUGCUGGUUCAGGCCCAUCUAUAAGGCCUUCAAGACCGACAGCUCUUUCAACUUUAUGGCUUUCUUCUUCGUCUUCAUGGCCCAGGUGGUGAUCAGUAUUAUCCAGACUGUUGGCAUUCCAGGCUGGGGAGUAUGUGGUUGGCUGGCUACCAUCACUUUCUUCAGCACCAACAUCGGCUCAGCUGUGGUCAUGCUGAUUCCCACCAUCAUGUUUACUGCGGUGGCUGUACUCUCCUUCAUCGCCCUCACAAAGGUUCAUAACUUCUACCGUGGCAGUGGUGGGAGCUUGGGUAAGGCCCAAGAGGAGUGGGCCACUGGCGCCUGGAAGAACCCCCACGUUCAGCAGGCAGCCCAGCAGGCGGCCAUGGGAGCUGCGCAGGGAGCCAUGCAACAGAAUGAAUACUCAGCAGCUCCCACCUACAACUACGACGACCCAAUGUAGGGCAGAGGAGGGGGCCAGGCUGCUGAGUGGGGGAGAUAAAAAGGGAUCAAUUAAGAACACAAUUCAGAAUUAGGUGCCCUUCACUGUAACACUGUACAAGCUGAAUCCAACCAGAACAACGUAGAGAAAAGUCCUGUUUUUGGUGGAAGUGUACUCUUGUUGAAUUCUGACUCAUGUGGGAGUUAUUAAUUUAAGUCACAUUUAAAUCAACAGCCAGUUAUUUAAGGUUUUUAAUCUCUUAUGCUGCUCAAUUUUAGCCGAUCAAUGUGUGUGUUGCUUUCUAAUGGAGACACAUAACAGGUCAAACCAGUCCCCUGAGCUUCAUCAGUUUAUUCAGGUAGGUUCAUCUGUGGUCAGCGACUUCUCUGCCUCUGCCUCGGUCACACUUUGAUAACAUCUUUAAUUACUUUUAAUGUGUUUUUGAUGUAUUGCAGUAACUAUAUUGUUAAGAGUGUUUACUUUCAUUAGCCUUGAAGGUCACCAAACACAAUUGCCCCUCCAUUGAUGCACUGUAGCUGCUUGUUUCAGUUUGGGAAAUAUGCUUAUUCGCUUUCUGCUGAGAGCUGGAUGAGAAGAGCCAUUACUUUAAUGUCUGUACAGUAAAUAUGAAGCUACUGCUAGCAGCUGGUUAGCUUAGCUUGGCAAAAAUACUGAAAACAAGGGAAAACAGUUAGCCUGGCUCUGUAACAAAGCUAGUUUCCCCCUGCUUUUCAGUUUUAUGUGCUAAGCUAACUUCCUAUUAACUGUAUAGCUACCAGUUGGUUAGCUUUACUUAGCAAAAAAAUGUUAACAGGGGAAAACAGUUAGCCAACAAAACCCACCUCUACAGCACCUCUAAACUCACUGAUAAACACACAGUAUCUUGUCGGACAGUUCCCCCCCUGCGUUCAGUUUUCUGUGCUAAGCUAAGCUAACCAGUGCCUAACGGUAGCUUCAUAUUAACUGUAUGGCUAGCAGCUGCUUCGCUUAGCUUAGAAAAAAAAAAAAACUGGAAACACAUAAUACACAGUCCUAGGCUCGCAGUUUCCCCCUGCUUUCAGUUUUUUUGUGCUAAGCUAAGCUAACAAGCAGCUAGCCAUAGCUUCAUAUUAGCUGUACAGACAUGAUAGCGUAUCAAUCUUUUUUUUCUUUUUCUUUUUUUUUUUUUUUUUUUACAAGUUUAGGGUAUAACUAAACUGUAAUGCUGUGUUCACGUGAAAUCAGGGUGAUAGUAGACAGCAAACCGGUUAUUUUAGUGGAUGACAGCAGGACGUUAAAAUUAGCAGGGUGUCUACUGGUCCUUAAAAGUCUUAAAUUCAAUAUUACAACAAUAAAACAAGGCCUUAAAAGUCAUUAAACAGUAUUAAAUUUUUAU